AGUAAACGUGACUUCCCGCCGACCGUAAGAAUGCUCAGGCUGGAACUUUGCCCGCCUGAUCGUAAUCGGGAAAGCUCACGCACGGUGGCUUCAUCUGGACCGCACCAGUUUGGCAGUUUGUGCGCAACGUGGGUCGGCUCCGACGUGGGAGUGGCUUCUCGGAGGCGGACGCCGUCGAGCGCGGGGCUGAGGGCUGACUCGCGUUGUUGGAGAGCUGAAAGGAAGACAAUGCACAUUUGCGGGGUCCUCUUCCUCCUCUGUGUGAUCCCGGCGGUUCCGUCCCAGCAAUGGAAACAGGAAACACCAGGCCGGUACCCAAAAGACGCCAAGCCUUGCACCAACCUGACCCAAAUCCUGGACAACUGGAAGUUUGCCAUUUUAUCUCAACUGAAGGAGCUGCUCAUCAACGACCACGCGUCCGUCCUUCCCGAGUACAGCCGGAUCGGUCCUCUGUCCGACGCUCUGCGCGAGCUCCACGGACGAUUCGACACCCUCAAGGACGACCUGGCGGGCCUCACGGCGAAGCUCGACGGCGUGGAAGCGUUUGUGGACCGCGCCAAGGACGGCGGCGUGGCGCCUUGCGGCCGACCGGCCGCUGGUCUCAGGUCAGCCCGGAUGAGGCCUUUGAGGGCGAUCGCAGUGAGAGGAAGGGGGCCGCACAGGCCCUAGGGGCU